AGUAGUGUAGUUGCAUGGACGAUCAUUCUAUGUUAAUGUAUGAGCAUGUAUAGGCCUAGAGACCUCCAAUUUGAAAGAAAGUAUGUUGUUAAUUUCUCUAUAAAAGUUUGCUAUGUUACUCCAUUUAAAUUCGAUGUUAAUAUCUUAAUAUAGGAAGUGUAUGUUCUGAAAUUGGUAUGCGGGGAUGACUUGUCUGUAAUAAAGUCUGAAAUGUGAAACCUUUUCAAUAUACUUGCAGACAUAUCUGAGUAGGUUGAAAUGAAAAGUCUGAAAUGUGGGCAUAGAACCAUAGAAUAUAAGAUUCUAAUUGAAAAUAGUGGAGUUUGGGUUCCAGUGCAUUUUGGUAGUUGGAGUGUAUCACAAUGUGUGAUAACUAAGAGUAAUCCGAGGUGAUCCUUAUAUUGCAGACUGUCGGGGACCGUUAUAGUUUCAGAUGGUACUAAAAAAACCCCGAACAUGUACAUUCACUGUUUGCUCAAUUUGGUUAUCGUUGAAUGCCAUGUUCUUCUGUCUUUGACUAUGUGAUACAAUAUGAGUGCCAGCCGUUAAAACUUGAAUGGGCCUUACUGUUACCUUCGUAGUAGGUUCUGACUACGGAAUGAUGUCAGACUUUUUCAUGUUACAGGAAAUUAAGCAAGGUAUAGAGUGGCUUGGAGCCAUUGAUAUUCUUUUACAUAAACCUAAUCCGUGUGAUGUGUAACUGUAGGAUGAUUUUAAGUAAGCCUAACAUGUAACAUCUGUAUUUGAGCUUACCUCGAUUAUAGCUCAUUUGUGUUGGUAUAGCAGUCUACUAUGGUUCCAUAAAAUAGUAGCCCUAAUCGUAGUAGAUAGCAUCUUUAAUUUGAUGAGCUGGACAACAUUGUUCGGAUUUGAUCCUUGAUGCAAAUAUUCUUGUGCAGUUCUGGUUUUCUUGAAUUGAGGUUCCAAUAGUGCAUCUGGUUUGUAAGAUGUUGGUAAUUAAAGGGUUCUAAGUCUUCACCAAGAAAGUUCCUUAUCUCCCACACCGACUUAUGUCUGAGGGUAGGAAUUAAGAUGUAUGCAGACCUUGCCUCUACCCGGGAGGAUAGAGAGGAUAGCUGAUGCUGAGGAAAAUUUAGGAGAAAGUGAAGUCCGGGAAGCUCAUUUGGCUAAAUCCUUGUUCUACAUUCGGAUUGGUGACAAGGAGAAGGCACUGGAACAACUCAAGGUGACAGAAGGUAAAACAGUUGCUGUAGGACAAAGGAUGGACUUGGUGUUUUAUACACUACAAAUGGGUUUCUUCUACAUGGAUUUUGAUCUUAUUUCGAGAAGCAUUGAUAAAGCAAAGAAAUUGUUUGAGGAAGGAGGUGAUUGGGAGAGGAAGAACCGAUUGAAAGUGUAUGAAGGCUUGUACUGCAUGUCCACUCGCAACUUUAAGAAAGCCGCUGAUCUGUUCCUUGAUUCUAUAUCAACAUUCACUACUUAUGAACUUUUCCCCUAUGACACCUUCAUAUUCUACACUGUCCUGGCAAGCAUUAUUUCAUUGGAUAGAGUUUCUCUAAAGCAAAAGGUAGUGGAUGCACCAGAGAUCCUGACAGUAAUUGGAAAAAUUCCUUACUUAUCUGAGUUUAUGAACUCUUUGUAUGAUUGCCAAUACAAAUCAUUUUUCUCUGCUUUUGCUGGGCUUACGGAGCAUAUUAAGUUGGACCGCUAUUUGUAUCCACACUUCCGGUUUUAUAUGAGGGAGAUAAGAACUGUUGUCUAUUCGCAGUUCUUGGAAUCUUACAAGAGUGUCACCAUUGAGGCAAUGGCAAAGGCAUUCGGUGUGAAAGUAGAUUUCAUUGAUCUGGAGCUGUCACGUUUCAUUGCGGCCGGGAAGCUUCAUUGCAAGAUUGAUAAAGUCGCAGGUGUAUUAGAAACUAAUCGUCCAGAUGCAAAGAACGCUCUCUAUCAAGCAACUGUUAAGCAAGGGGACUUCUUGUUGAAUCGGAUUCAGAAGCUUUCUCGUGUUAUUGAUCUUUAGGCUCGUUGUUUAGCCUGUGCAGGAUCUGCAACAAUGGCUGCAUGGAUUGUGCAUUAGCCAGGAUCAUAUGGUGGAUUCAUUGACGCUUGGCUUUUAGCCUGUCGAUCUCCCCUUUAUCAUCAUCAAGCCGUUGUUAAGGAAACCAACUAACCGAAAUCUUGGAAGAGGCUGAGAGACGUGACAAGAUAUUCUUGUUUGCUUGAUUUGAUUCCUCUUCCUUCGAAGGAUUUGAUGGCACAUUAUUCCGGGUUUAUGGUUAGUGUCGAUUCAAUUCUUUUACAUGUUCAUUCACCAAGGGGUUUGCGGAAUUUAUGUGGAUUGCUUUGGAUAUAAAUGUAUAAAUAUAUUUUAUGAUGAUUAAAUUUAAAGCAACUGA